GAGAUUGGGGCUAAAACAUGUCUGUUGCUCAGACCAAAGACACAACAAAUUUCAAAACCAGUUAAGCAAUCCUUAAAGCUGAAUCUAAACAAGUGAUAUCAGAAUUACAGGAACGCAUGAGGAGGGAGUUAUUUUUCCCGACUCAUGAUGAUCUAAGCAGAAAUCCAGAUAUUCCCGAACCAUCAACUGAAGUGCCCACAACUUUUGCAUCAGUGGAUGACUAUAGAAAUAUAUGGAGAACAGUUGUAAAGGAACACUUUAACUUCAAAAUAUGGGCCGCAUGCAAACAGUAUCAUUCUUCAAUGAGAAAUGCUGACCUCAGCAAAUCAUUGGUGCAAUCUGGUGUUGUAUAUUCAUAUGCACAACGUCAACCUGUGUACCCUAAAGAAUUUAUGCUGCAAAAUGUAAGAACAGCAACAGACAUGUGUGAUGAAGACUUGUUGAUGUUAGGGGAUCCACCAUACUGUGACCAUGACACGCCAUGUAGAAUGAACAGAGUUAAAAAGGAAGGGCCCAACAUUGGAAGAAUAUUUUAUUCUUGUGCACGGAAGCGAAAAUGCAAGUUUUUUAAGUGGGCAGAGGUUUCUAAAAUCAAAUCAAAACCAAGUGUCUCUCUUCUGCCAUCAAGUGAUAUGGUUAAAAUUAACAACGAGAGAGCGCUAGCAAGCUAUUUGUUGCAAAAUGACGUCAAGUUUUUUACAGGAUGUGCUUUAAGAAGAAAGUCUGUGGAAAAUAAUGAAGACACAAAUCUGAAGGAAACAUUGGCAGCAAAAUACUUGUAUCUUCAACUUUCUCGUGAAGAUCGAAGUUUAAUGAACAUUGGGUUGAAAGAUAGUUUAUGGGCAGUAUCAACUAAUAUGGACUUCACAGAAGAUAAAACCGAACUUUUUCAAGCAAUUUUAAACAAAACAACAAACUCGAACGAAAUUGUUGUUCAACCUGUUAAUUCUACUUCAUCAAGAUUGUUAAAUGAAGAUAAGGUGGUAGUCAUGUACGUUUGUAAAUCUGCGUUGGAAUUCUCAUACUUGCGUAUUCUGCAAGAUGAUAUGAAUCUACCGAUGGUCACUUCGUUGUUGAAUAUGAAGUCAAUCAACAAGCAUGGUGGUUUGAAUUUCACCGGGACAUUUGAUUUGACCAAACCAACCAAUGUCGUUCCAUCUUCAAGAGGAAAACAAGUAUUUCACAUUGAGAUUAGUUAUGAUGAUAUGAUUUCACUAUCAACUUGUUAUGUCAAGAAUUAUAAUUUGAACGAACAACAAAGUAAAGCUUUGCUCUCAUUGGUCGAUAUGUUAAAAGAAAAAAAGAAUUUGUCCCAGAUAUUUUUAUUGGAUGGGGUUGUGGGGUCAGGGAAGACAUUUCUUCUCUCAGUAAUCAUCAUGUAUUUGAUCGAAGUUAUGUCCGCUGGUGAUGGGAAGUCAAACAAAGUUAAAAUAUUAGUGACAGGGAAGUCUAACUCUGUGGUUGAUUGUUUGUUUCACCAACUGCGUGCGUUGGGCUGUGAAAGAAUGGUUCGGAUCGGAAAUCUUGAAAAUAUUAAUAGAAAUCUUCUACCUUACAGUUUGCACUCACUAGGAGGGGCACAAGAGCAUGCGAAGAAACUUCAGAAAAUGCUUCAGUCUUCAAAACAAUCUCAACCCUCAAACUAUCACAUACAAAAAAGUUUGGAGCUGGUGCGCUCUGGCUCCACCAAAAGGAUGUUGCACAAAGCGCUAGUUGUUGGAAUGACGUGCGAUGAAAUUAACUCACCCUGUGUUAGGAGUUAUAAAUUCCCUAUUGUGAUAAUGGACAAUGCCACUGAAACUUCUGAACUUUCAACUUUACUCCCAUUGGUUGAAUUUGGAUGUGAAAAGCUCCUAUUGGCUGGAGACUCACGCUGCUUAACCAAUCACAAUAGUGCAUUCACACAAUCAUUGUUUUCACGAAUUCAUUUUUCUAUUGAAGAACCCAUAAUUCUAACUGACCAUUAUCGAUGUCAUAAUCAAGUUAUUGAUGUAAUCAACAAUGCUUUCUAUAAUGAUGUCAUAAUCAAAGCAUUGUCAGAAGAUCGGCCAAGACUUGUAACUGGUUUACCCAACUUUUGUCUCUAUGAUGUCACAGGCAAAGAAGAAGAAAAAGAGAACGACUUUAUCAACUCACAUGAAGCGACAUUCGUUGCUGACAUCAUCAGAUUUUUGCUGAGUCAUGGCGUUCCAGGUACCAGCAUCGUCGUCAUAGCAACCACAAAAGCUCAAGUCAAAGAAGUGGAGAUGACACUGCAAGAAAUUGAGUUUUACGAUUUAAGCGACGUCAACUGUAUCGUAGUAACCACAAUAGAUGAUUAUGAUGGCUGGGAGACAAACGUUGCUAUAGUUACUUGUGUUCGUACAAGCGGAACUAAUCACAUGCAUGAUAAAAUCAUCCCCCUUCUUACACGAGGGCGACAUCACAACCUGGUGGUCGGAAAUUUACGAAAUCUCUCGACCAAUGAGAAAUGGUCGUCUGUUAUCGGGUUGUGCAAGGAGAAACGAAUCGUUCAAAAUUCCUUUCAAUUCAAGAAAAUGUCGUCAACUCGAAGUUUACCGUUUGCCCCUGAAGUUCCUUUCAACGCUGAAACAAUUGAUGAUGUCAUAAUGAAACGUGAAACGAAGAACCAAUCAGAUGCCUCGGAUAGUGAGGAUGAAGUUCCAUUGUUUUGUCAUAAACGUAAACGACGUCGCAUUGAUGAUGAUGUCAUCAUAGAUGAUGAUGAGGAAAUGUUUGCUGUUGAUGAUGUCACCAAAACUGAUAAUGACAUCAUUCCUUUUGCUGAUGACAUCACCAAAACUUCUGAUGACAUCACCAAAACUACUGGUGACAUUACUACUACUGAUGACAUCACUACUUCUGAUAACAUCACUAAAACUACUGAUGUCAUCACAACUUCUGAUAACAUCAGUACUACUGAUGACAUCACCAAAACUGCUGGUGACAUCACCAAAACUGCUGAUGACGUCACCAAAACUUCUGAUCACAUCACCACUACUGACACAGUGACCACUGAUGAGAUUAUUCCUACUUCUAAUGACAACAUGACCAUUAAUACCUCCCCUGCUAAUGACAUCACCACAAAUGACAUUAUCAGUACUAGGUAAUAAAGUUGAUCUCACAAUUGAUCUAUUAUGACAAAACAAUAAAGCAAUGUUCUGUUUGUUUCAGUGUUCAAAAAAAGUGAUUUUUUUGUUUACUUUAUAUUUUGUUCUUGUUUAAAAGUGUUUAUUACUCAAUAAAC